AUGGCAGCACUGAAAUGGGUUUAUGUAGUCUUGUUGAUAAUACUACUGUUUGAACUCGGUUCUUGUAGAAUUCUCAGUGAUCAGAAGGAUCAAGAAAGUUCUAAACCUGACAAUCCUGGCUUCCUAGCAGGACUUGGAGGAACAUGGAAAGGUAUUCCCUUUCUAGGUAUCAGAGCAGGAGGUGGCUUCCUUCGCAUUGGUAGUGAUAGACAUGGAAAAGGUACUUUUGGUGGCGGAGGAGGAGGAGGCGGAUUUAACGGUGGGACGAGUCGGCCUAAUGGUUGCAAUUGUGACUCUACCAAAAAUGGAGGAGGAGGCGGAUUUAACGGUGGGACGAGUCGGCCUAAUGGUUGCAAUUGUGACUCUACCAAAAAUGGAGGAGGAGGCGGAUAUCCAACCCAUUCAAAUCCUUCUGGUCCGCCUGUUACUUGCAGACCAAUGAACUGUUCAAAUGAGAGCGUUAGCUAUAGUGAGGGAUAUCGUAGAUACUUGGACAGCAGCCCUACACCAUUAUCGUAG